AUCCCUAUCCCUGUUCCCGUCCCCAUCCACGUGCACAUGCCUCACUCCUCAUCCUUCUCCCCGUCCCCACGCCAAUUCCCGAUCCCAUCCCACCACAACCUACAGCCCCUUCCUGUCUUCACCCCCAGCCCUGUGCCCAUCCCCUGUUCACACACCUGUUCCCGUCCCUGUCUCCUUUCCCUUCCUCUUUCCAGUACCAGUCCCUCCCUCAGAUACCGCCCGGGGCUUUCCCGGAAAGCAGCGGCGGAGUCGAAGAAUAAAAGUCUGUGAGUCACGGGCAUUCGCUGCCGCCGCUGCAUCCCGAGCUGCACCCCGAUGAGCCGCCGCGUCCUCUCCGUUCUCGCCGUGCCUGCAGGGGUGUGCCUGGCCGCGGCCGCGGUGGGCUUCCAGCCCCUCUGCCAGGAAGCUGAGCAACCUGGGGAGAAAAAGGCCAGUGAGAAAGAGGAAAAGGCAACCAAAAGCAGGUGGUCUCUGAGCAGUCUGGUGAAAGGCACAAGGGAUACCAAGACGUGCAACCUGACGGGCUGGUGGAAGAAUGAUCUGGGCUCCAAGAUGCAAGUGUUCGAGGUUGGCACCGACGGAACGUUCUCUGGUGAGUACCACACCGCCGUGUCAAGCGCCAAGAAACCCAUCCAGGCAUCUCCACUGGCUGGCUCCCAGCAUCUGGAUGACGAUGGACAGUGCACCUUCGGCUUCACUGUCAACUGGAAGAAGUUUUCAGCCACCACUGCUUUAGACUCCACAGCUGUCUUCGUGGGCCAGUGCUUCAAUGGGGAUGAUGGGAAGGAGGUCCUGCACACCUCCUGGUUGCUUCGGGAGAAAGUUGACUCGGAGUCAGAUGACUGGAAAGCCACCAGGACCGGCCGCAACACCUUCACUCGAAUGGGCUGAAAGGAGGGAGAAGAACCUUAUUCUGGACACAGUUGUGAACCACGAGUCCCCUCAGCAGGAUCAGAGUUUCCAGCUCUGGAGGGAGAUGUGGCAAAAUACACCAAAUAAAAUUAAAGAUAU